AUGGGUUUUCUAGAGCUUCUGGAAGCGGCUUCUAUGCCAGUUAUCCAAGUUCUGCUUAUUAGUGCAUUGGGAGCUUUUAUGGCUACUCAAUAUUUCAACAAUCUUCUUUCAUCAGAUUUUAGAAAAUCCUUAAACAAGGUUACCGAGGGGUUUCAAGGUAUUCAUUCUUAUUAUUAA